GCGCGGUUACCGCAGCGCAGCUCCAGGGUGGCCUGUCACCUUACGUCAACAGCGGAGGCCCCACGGCCCGGGUUUACUCCAACGCUGCUGACCUGCUGACGUAACGUUAUCGAGCGAGGCGCAGACGGAAGAAAAGGGAGUAGGAGCGUGGGGCAGCAUCAGACCCAGGGGAGUGCAGGCCUGGCGGCUUUGGCCAAGCAGAUACUUCAUCUCUCAGACCAUUUCUCAGCAUGUUGAGUCAAGUUUACCGCUCUGGGUCCCAGUCCUUCAACCAUCUCCUGCCCUGGGUCAAGUCCACAGCUGUCUCCAGAUCUCAUCGUGUCCAGCCUUCAGCCAUCAGACAUGUUCGUUAUUGGAGCAACAUCCCCUUUAUCACUGUACCCCUCAGUCGUACCCAUGGCAAGUCUUUUGCCCACCGCAGUGAGCUGAAGCAUGCCAAGAGAAUCGUGGUGAAACUCGGCAGUGCCGUGGUGACCCGAGGGGAUGAGUGUGGCCUGGCACUGGGGCGCCUUGCGUCUAUUGUUGAGCAGGUAAUUGCCAAGGUGGAAAAUUCUGCUGAACCAAAAUAGGGUCUUAAAGUUGUU